UAGUUUUUAGGAAAAGAUAUAUUUCGAACAUGUAGUCCAAGUCUAUCACAGCCAGCACAUCUCUCACUGGAACAUGGGGUAGUUUUCCUCGGGCCCUAGGGGAGUCUAUAAAAUUCGUUCUGGCGACAAGUUGGACCUCGCACGACUAAACAAUAUGCUCGAUGUCGUGGUAACCUUGGCCGUAACCACACAAAUUGCUGCCAGCAAUAUCAAAACGAUAGAGUAUCCCGUCUAAGGGAUAAUGAUUGGACAUGAGACGCGAAAAUAUACGAAUAAAAUCCCGACUCAAGUUCAAUCUAUUAAACCAUGAUUUAAGGCUUACCUUUGGGAUAAUCGAGUGAAGCCAAAAUCACGACACGACCCUUCUUAUCCUCGUCCCAUUUGCGCUGCCAGUUGACAAUAGAGUUUCUUCGAACCAAAUAGUAAAAUUCGUUAAGACGAUUUCACGUUGAUACGUGUCGCCUUCUAUCGCCCCCACCUUUGCCAGAGUAACGAUUGAAUAGCAGAUUCAAAUGAAGUAUUCCAAAUAACGAUUACGAAAGAAUCCACCUAGAGAUUCCAAGUUUUUUCUGCUACAAAUAACAAAAGUGAAAAAGUCAUAAUUUUUUAUACUCAUUAAGCCACGAUAUUAUCAAAAAAGUAAUCGGUUUAAAUAAGCUUACAUAACGACAGGCGUUUUCAAAUACAGUGACUUAAAUAUUAGCAAUGAUAGCGAUGAUAUCACGCCUUAGUUUAUGGAACUUAUCUGUUCAACGAUCAGUAUUUUUUAUAUGUUUUUUUUAGAAACGACUGAUGAUAUGGCGGAUAUAAGGGGACUCAUCCUUGAAAACUAUGUUAACCAAAAUAAAAGGCAAAAAAUUGCGAGGUGCUGCAAUCGGUUUUGUCACAUUGAAGAAAAAAUCGUUAUCUAUCACUGAUACGAAUACCACAGUAAAGUGUUGUUAAUAAACCAUAAAAAAAGUUAUCUGUCAUCCACUUGAUUCAAUUAAAAAAUCUUUGGCUUUGCUUAGAUUUAAAAAAUUAAGGCGAAAUAGAAUAUCAUGCAUGUAAUGAGACUGUCGUCUUUGAUAAUUUAAACGCCCGAAUGUAUGCAACUUCAUCGAAUAACAUGUGAGCAGGUUUGCUUUAAAACGUAGGCAAUCAUUGGUUCUUCACUUUCAGUGUGUUUGCGGAAUCAUUCGUGUGUUUUUGCAACACGCCUUGUUGAUUUUUUUAAAAAUCAAAACAACGUGCGAAUUUCGUUAAUGGGGUUCGGAAGAAGAAGAGUGCUUGCGUGGAUCGGUCGCGUUGAAUAUAGUGCUCCAAUUUAAAUCAAUUUUACGCGAGUGAAAACUUGAGUUGUGCGCUGGAAAUAUUAAAAUCUUAUCGGAAGAAGGUCAUUUAAUAACGAUUAGAGAAUUUCGGUGCCUCUCGACGCGAGUGUUGAGCGAGAUUAUGGUUUAAAAAGUUCAAGUGAAAGUGGAAAAAUGGCGGCCAUUAAUUAGCCGCGUGUUAAAAGCGAGAAGUGAAGAAGUACAGUAGUGGACAAAAAUUUAUCACGAAAUAAAAGUGCAGUGAUAAUCGAGUGAAGAGUGGAAAAGAAGAAAUUAACAAGAAAAGUGAGAAAAAAUAGAAUAAAGGAGAUCAAAAAGAAAUGACGACAAGAAAUCAAGGCAGGCUGACACGUAGUCAAGCGGACAACAUGCCACAAAGAACAACAACAACACAAAUGAAAAGAAGAGUUUCGCAGACAAAUGAAGCAACAUCAUCCCAAGGAAAGUUGAAGGCUGGAAUGAUAUCGAAUACACAAAGGAAAGAAAUAAAUGAGAAAGAAGGUGAGGUGUCGGACACGGUAUACGUCGAACCGAUACACUUUACACAAGAAGCAUUGGAUAAAUAUCCCAAACACCCGGUCGAACUAGGAAAGUUACUCUACGGAAAGGGAUUCAAAACAAAUGAGAUAUUUAAAAUCGGAAAAUUUAGAUACAAGAUCAUUCUACAGGAUAAGAAGGACUACUCAGGUAUGAUCAAAAUGAAAUUAGAUUCUAAUAACGCAAAAAUUUUUAUUCCCGGAGCAAAUAAGGAAACGAUAUGGUUCAUCAAAGGGGUUCCAUUGGACUUCGAUGUAGAACCCAAGGAUAUCGAAACGGAACAGAGAAUUCUGAAGAUUGAGAGGACCAAAAGGUUAAACGAAAAAAAACAGCUAGUAAACACAACCAAUCUGAAAGUUACUGUCCAAGGCAAAGAAAAAUUAAACUCAGUAAAAAUUUUCGGAUGCAAUUUUUUUGUGGAGCUCUACAUUUUUCCGGUUAAACAGUGUGGAAACUGUUGGAGGUUUGGCCACAAAACAGCGUUAUGCAGAGAUGCAAAAGGAAGAUGCGAAAAUUGCGGAAAAGCACACAAAACAGCAGAUUGUGACCAGGAUACUGUGUGCAUAAACUGCAAAGGAGGACACCUGGCAUCGGAAAAGACAUGCCCCGAAAGAUCGAAGAGGAAAACUAUAAUGAAAGAAAUGAUGAGUAAGAAUAUUACAUAUACAGAAGCCAAAACAAAUGUACUAGCAAAAAACCGAUUCGCAAUUCUGGAAGAAGAGGACUCUCCAAUAAUUACGCAGGAUGAAGUCGGCCCAUCCUACGUACCCAAUAGGGAUAGAGUAAAGCGUCAAAAACACCGAGAUAGAGCGCAAAAGCUUUGGACAGACGUUGUCAAAAACACCUCAAUUGAAAGAAGCCAAAAAAGCCCAGGGAGAGAAUGGUCAGGAAACAUACAGAAGGCAACGGAAGUAGAGCGGUUCAUUGAACAACUGCGAAAGGAGAUGAUGAAACUUUUGAGACCAAACCCUUGGUUGACAACCCUGAAAGAACUAAGAGACCGAAUUAUACACAAAUUAAAAGGGGAGCGCACUGAAAUAGAAACGGACCAAUUGAUCCUAGAGAUAUACGAAGAAUUAAACAAAAUAUUAGAAACGGAUAUUUCCGAAAGAAUAGACCAAGAAAAUCAAAAUGGAAUCUAAAAGACUAAAUAUAAUCCAGAAUAAUAUUCAGAGCAUUAGACCCCUAGAAAAGAGAGAAGAACUUUACGCGUGUAUGAAGAAGAAUGACGUCGAUAUAGCGAUUUUGCAGGAAAUUUGGUUGAAACGAUCUGAAAACUUCCAAAUGAAAGACUUCGAAUUAAUAUCCAAAUGCCGUGAAGAAGGGUAUGGCGGUGUCGGAGUACUGGUGAGGCAGGGCCUCAACUAUCAAGUACUAAAAACUCCUGAAAUAUUCCCAAUAGAAAUGGUAGGAAUAACGAUCAAACUAAACAAAGGAAAUCUAAAAAUAAUGAAUGUUAUAUCCAUAUAUUUACCCCCUGGAGGGAGCCUUAACACUGAGCUUAAAUCAAAGUUUGAGAGACUUUUUAGUUUUUUAGAAAAUUUGACUGGAGAGAUUGUUGUAGGAGCGGACUUGAAUGCACACCACGUAUCUUGGAGUCCAAUGUUUGACAACUGUGCAAGAGGGAACCUUAUCUACCAGCUAGUAAUUGAAUCAAAAUUGAUUAUGAUGAAUGACGGGGCUGCAACUAAAUUGACUCCCAUUGGAGGUCGAGACUCAGCGAUCGAUCUAAGCCUGGCCACAGCAGGUAUUGCUCAGCAGUGUAAUUGGGCUGUAAAAGAAGAGAGCUUUGAAAGCCCUCACUUCGUCAUCGCUAUGGAAAUAGGAGGAGCAUUCCCCAUAGCAAGUGGGAAAAGAAAGAAAAUCAACCAGCAAAAAGUAGUGGAUUCCAUUAAUAGUAUUAGACCACAAUAUAUCUACAACCCAGACGAAAUGGUUGGAAUUUUCGAAGAAGCUGUCGAAAAAGCAAGCUACGUGGUAGACAAUAAGAAAGCGAACUACUUAAAACGGUGGUGGUCGGAGGAAAUAGAGGAGAGCUACAAACAAAAAAGAGAAGUCCUAAAAGAAUACAACAAAAGCAGGUCUCAAACAAACUACAUCAGGCUCCAAAAGAUAAGAGCAGAGUUUAAAAAAAUUGUCAGAAGAACCAAAAGGAAGUACGUUCAGGAAUUGAUGGAACUAGUAGAUGAAACAACACCCAGCCGACAGUUAUGGAACAUUAUUAAAGGAAUAGACUCAGCGCUGAUGGGAAAAAAUAGAAAAAUCUCGGAAAUGGAAUUCGACGAAGGGCAGUUGAAGACACACUCAAACUAAUUAACACCUUGAAGUCUCCAAACCAACCGCUGAUUAAAAAGCGCCAAAUUAUGCGUUCCAGUUUUGGAGAUUACCGUAAAAAGAUGGCCGAUGAAGAGG